AUGCGUCGUGAUUACGGGGGCAGCCGAUGGGGGCUUGGGCUUGGACUUGGAAAGGCGAGAGGACGAGAAGGCGUUGAACAGCUCCGGCGAGGUCCAGGGCGGUCGGGACUAAGACUCACAACGGCACUGUUGCGGCGUCGGUUUCGUCGAGUAGGAGAGGAGGGGAUCGUAGAGGGCGGGAUGCGUGCGUGGACAGGUGACGAGCUGGAGAGUAACAGGGACCUGACGCCUGUAGGCAGUGAGAAGAAGCACACGGAGAAGAUGAUAGUCUGGGGGAAGAAAGGGAGAGAAGGAGAGUUAGGCAGAGAGAGAGCAAGAGAGAGAGAGAGAGAGCGAGAGAGAGAGUCAGAGAGAGUGUGA